AUGCCCCAGGAGUCGGCGCGGGACGCCCCCAAGCGGUUGGCGCGGGGCGCCUCCCAGGAGCCGGCGCGGGGUGCCUCCCUGGAGCCGGCGCGGAGCGCCCCCCGGGGGUCUUCGGAGCCCGCCCCCACCGUUGCCCAGGAUCCGGUGUGGGACGUCCCCCCGGAGUCAGCGCGGGGCGCUCCCCGGAGGUCCACGGAGCCCGCUCCCGCCGUCGCGCCUGAGACUCGAGGGCAGCGGAGCGGCAACAAGCGGCCACUGCCGGAUGCCCUGGGGUCGGCGUCUGGCACAGAGGCGAAGCGUGCGCGUCGUCCUUGCUCUCGGGGAACCGCCGCCCCCCGUGGUCUUGUCCUGCAGCUGGCGCCCAAGAAGGCGCUACGGGUGUCGUCCGGCUCUGCGGGGCGGACCACGGUCCCGCCCACAGCGAGCGGCAGGGUCCCCGGUGAGGUCGCGGGUCCCGCCACGGAAGCGGCCCCCGUGACGGCGACCGGCGGAGAGGCGGCACCAUCGGGCGCGGGAGAGGGCGUGGACCCCACUCCGCCUUCCGCUUCCCCGGUCAACCCCUCGGUGCAGAGCGUCGCUCCCCAGGGUCCUCAGGCCGGGGAAGUGAUCGGCCUCGACGCCGACGAGGCGGAGGGAACAGCAGCGGUGGGGACAGGGACUGACGUUCCUGCGGCCGCGACGGGGACGACAGCGGCGAUGGAGGAGGGAGUGUCUGCCUCCGCGGUUGCGGCGUAG